AUGUCUUACUCCUCUAACGAACCUACCAUCGAAAUCGAUGCCAAAGAAGCAAAGACCGCCAUCGUGGACACAGUCCUAGCCAACACCGUCAAACUAGCCGGCGCAGCCGCUGAUACAACCAACUCUGGAGAGGCAGCUCAAUCCAUCUACUACUUCAAGAUUACCGCCCCCGAAGCCCACGAGAGUAUUCGCUCAUCUCCGCGGCGUAGCCAGAGAAGCUGGUUCUACCAGCGACAACAUCAACUACUACUGCACCGACCCGUGGCGAGAGAAGAACAACUGCAAGGAGAACUUCCUCGCCUACGCGUGGGUUCAGCACAGCAUGAUUGCGAACUGUGGACUAUACUAUACGUUGUUGAAGACGGUUUGCCUGCGGUUUGCGAAGGACAGGAUGAGACGACGACGGCGCUGCAUGGGUUUACGCAUUUUCCUGCGCUUUAUGAGCCGCUUACGAGUGAUUUUAAGUAUGGGGAUGAGGUGUUGUUGCUGGAAAGUGAGCAGGCGUUGGAGAAUGCUGAUAAUUAUGCUAUGUAUGUGACUGCUGUUUACCUUAACUGCAACUUGGCUGCUUGA